GGCCAAUUCGACUGGUUCAAGAAAAUCGGCGCAACAGACGAGGCCGUCGCCGUCCUCAACGACCAGCCCUACCUCUUCACCACCCUCGUCGUCGUCCUCGUCGUCCUCAUCGCCGAGGGCGGCUUCCUCUACUUCAUCCACUGGGCCACCUUCAAGCCCUCCCAGCGCAAGAAGAAGCCCGACGCAAAGGGCGGCAAGCCCGGCGCC